UACAUAUUAACAUUAUAACCAUUGUGUUAAGUAAGUUGACACGAUCCAUCUCAGUUUCAUUAAGAUGUGUUCGUUAUUUAAAUGCGGAGUAACCUCCGCAGUUCUUGGCGUUAUAUUAGUUAUAGUGACUUGUAUAGUGAGCUUCGUAGUCGUUCCUGGUGUAGUUGAGAGUAUCAUUAUAUCUGAAGUAGCCUUACAGAAUGGAACAGAAGCGAUGGAUAGAUUUAAGGAGAUACCGUUUCCAUUGGAUUUUAAAGUAAGACUGUUCAACAUCACAAACCCCGAUGAGGUUAGAGCUGGAGGUAUACCCGCAGUCACUGAGACGGGCCCUUAUAUUUAUAAGAUGUAUCAUACAAGAGAAGUAGAAGAGUACGAAGGGGAUAUCAUAAAAUAUCGGACAAGAAAUAUCUUCACGUUCAAUGCUGAAGCCUCAUAUCCCAACACUGAGGACGACAUUGUUACAGUUGUUAAUGUUCCCUAUCAUGGAAUCCUACAAAUGGCUGAAAUACGCUUUCUAGACCUGAUGGGAGCUUUAAGUCUUGGGUUAGAUGGAAUCUUUGGGGCAAAUAAUGGACCAAUUAUGACUGUUCGAGUCGGUGACUUCUUGUUUGAUGGAAUUCCGAUUUGUAAGAAUCCAGGUCUCAUUGGAGGCGUAGCUUGUGGUCAAAUUAAAGCUAUAGGCGCCAACGUGAAGAAUUUAGUUGAAGCAGAAGACGGUUCACUUGUUUUUACAAUCCUUGAUUAUAAAAAUAACAGCCCCAGCGAGUUAUACGAGGUUUACAGGGGCAUCGACGAUGCGAGCAAACUUGGUAUCAUGAAUUUAUUCAAUGGCUCGAAAUACAUUGAUAAUUGGGUAACAGACAUCGAUGAGAAUGGGGAAACCAUACCCGGGAUCUGUAAUAUGGUUAACGGAUCUGACUCGGCGAUUUAUCCACCAUUUGUCGAUAGAGAUAAAUCUCUUUUCGCCCUUAACACGGAUAUCUGUCGGUCCGUCCAAUUAAAAUAUCAGUAUGACUCGGAGUAUGAAGGCAUCCCCGUUGCGAGGUUCACGGUUAACGAAUGGUUUUUAGACAACCACGAAGGCUGUUUUUGUCUCAACGUCACAAGCGGGAUCACACAAGAGAAUGGUUGCUUAUUAAAAGGGGCGAUGGAGCUAUAUAGCUGUGUCGGUGCCUUCAUGGUCCUUUCAUAUCCUCACUUCCUCUACGCAGAUCACACUUAUCAAAAUGGUGUUAUAGGAAUGACCCCUGUUGAAGAGCAACACAGAAUAUUUGCCGACCUUGAUCCAUACACGGGCACAGUGAUUCGAGGAAGCAAAAGAGCCCAAUUUAACGUAUUUAUGCGGCCUGUGAGAAGCAUCGCUGCUACUAAUUCCCUUAGGACUACUCUUACUCCAAUAUUUUGGGUUGACGAGGGGAUGUCUUUGCCUGAAGACCUGACUAACAUGAUCAAAAGAAGACUGUUAGGUUCAUUAAAUUUAGUAGACAUAUUUAUACCUAUACUUAUAUCUUUGAGUGUUGUUCUGGCUGUUUUUGGAGUGGUACUCGUUAUUUGGACCAAGAGACGCUCGAAGAUCAACAUUUAAAUAUACCUCAAGCCAAACUAUUGACGAACGUAAUAUGUAGAACUAUGUGAUCGCAGAUAUCGAUUAGAUGUAUCUGUGUGCCUAUUAUUAAAAUAUUGUAACAUUAAACUAG